AUGGCACGAUUCAGGUGUAGCGGAAGGGCCUUGUGCCUUUGUCUUCUUCCAUUUUUGAUGAUGAGUCAUCUCUUGGUGUAUAUCAUGGUGACCAUAUUUGUCGCCAUGUCUUACACACCUGAGCCAAAGCCUCUGACUCUGCCUCUUCAUUUCAUAGCCUCAGGAGCCUCGUCAAACUCUGGAGCUAUGGCACCACAUCCACUCCAUGCUUUCUGGAACCUACGUUUGGUGGAGGGUGCUUUGUGGAACCGCCUUCAGCACCACAAGGACAGAGAAAACAAUCCAAUAUUGAGAGUUAACGCCACAGGAGGCAUGGUUCCAGACACUGAGAACACUAGCAUGCAUGAAAAUGAUGGUUCUCCUCUAUGUAAACCAUAUCAUCUCUGGGCAUCUCAUCUGCCUGACUUUAACACUAUGCCUGAGCAGAUGAAGGACUUUGUCUUGUCCAUGCAUUGUCGAAACUACACCCUCCUGAUGAACCAGCCUCACCUGUGCAAAGGACCAGAUACCAAAGCAGAUGCCCCUUUGCUAUUUAUGGCAAUCAAGUCCCAGAUGGGAAACUUUGAGAACAGGCAGGCCAUUAGGGAGACAUGGGGGAGGACUGGCUGGGUAAAGGAAGAGGCAGGGGGAGAAACGUGGCAGGUGCGUGCUGUGUUUCUGCUUGGAAGGCAGGACAUAACAACAGGUCCUCAUCCGGAUUUUGAAGCGCUUUUACAGCUAGAGAGCAGGCUUCAUAAGGAUAUCCUGCAAUGGGAUUUCAGAGACACGUUCUUUAACCUCACCUUGAAGGACGUGCUUUUCUGGGAUUGGGUCUCUGUGCACUGCCCACAAGCCCACUUCAUCUUCAAAGGAGACGAUGAUGUCUUUGUUAGGACCGGGGCUCUCUUAGACUACUUGGAUAAACAAUAUGCACCUCUACAAGGGAAAACCAAAAAAGUUAGGGACGAUUUCAUUGUAGGAGAUGUGAUUACUAAUGCUUGGCCCAGUCGCCAGCCCACAGCUAAAUAUUACAUACCUGAGAGUUUUUAUAAAGGUGUGUACCCAGCAUAUGCAGGUGGAGGAGGAGUGGUAUACUCCACUGCUCUGGCCAUGCAAUUAAGAGAGGUCUCACAAUGGGUCGGUUUGUUCCCCAUUGAUGAUGUGUACAUGGGGAUGUGUCUCCAGAGACUGGGUGUUUCCCCUAGUCAUCAUCCUGGGUUUUUGACUUUCGAUCUUCCCGAGGCCAACAGAGAGGUGCCGUGCGCUUACCGCAAAGUACUACUGGUGCAUAAGCGCAGCCCUAAAGAGAUGCUUAAAUUGUGGAGAGCCCUAAAGGCUCCACUUGAUGACUGCUAGUCAGGGAGCUGCUGGAAAGACUUUUUCUGAUUUGUAUAUUAUAUAUCAGAAAUAAAAAGCCUUGUUUUUUUUAAAAGCAAGCCAGAUUUGAAUAGCUACCUUCAGGUAUUUUCAUAUGAAUGGAGUGUAAUCAUUUGCAUAAUAAAUAGUUCACUCUGUGGUCAGUUUUACUGUGACAUGCUAGAAAG